UUACUCCAUGUACAAGUAAAAAAAAAUAUUAAUAAAAAAACAAAACAAAAACUAAAGGAGAUAAAUUGAAAUGGAGGAUGCUGUUAUAGUAGGAGCAGGAAUCGCAGGGUUAGCCGUAGCGGUGGCACUGAAGAGAGUAGGGGUUAAGGCAUUGGUGUUGGAAAGAUCUGAUGAUCUUAGAAUUACUGGUGCAGCCUUGGGCCUUUACCCAAACGCUUGGCUUGCCCUUGAUGCCCUUGGCGCUUCUCACAAGUUGACAUCCAUUUACGCCGUUAUCCAAAGGGCUUCUGUUACCAAUUUAAGUACUGGGGCAAUUCAAGAAAUCUCUUUAGAGACAACUAAUGGCAAUGAUGGAAUUAGACCUAGAACACUACACAGGAAAGCCUUGCUAAAGGCUCUCGCGGAGGAACUUCCAGCGGAUUCGAUUCGCUUCUCUUGUAAGAUCACUGCCAUUGAAACCCAAGAACAGGAAGGUUCAUCUACUGCUUUUGUUCACUUGGAAGGUGGAACUGUCAUCAAAGCAAAGGUUCUGAUAGGCUGUGAUGGGGUGCACUCAAUAGUGGCAAGGUGGUUGGGACUCGCUGAACCGGUUUAUUCUGGCCGAUCAGCGGUUCGUGGAUUGGCUGUGUACCCUCAAGGCCAUGGACUGAAACAAGCAGCACACCAGAUUGUUGGUUCAGGCAAAAGGGCUGGUUUUGCUCCCGUUACUGAUAAAGAGCUUUAUUGGUUUUUAGUUUGUAAUGAGUCUCCAGAGGCAGACCUAAGAGGAGACCCUGAAGCAAUACAGAGAGAAGUAAUAGAGAAUUAUGCGAAGGACUUCCCUGAAACGUAUCUAGAAGUGGUCAAGCAUGCCGACCUUUCAACAUUGUCAUGGGCACCAUUGAUGUUGAGGAAACCGUGGAACGUUGCAUUUGGCAACUUAAGCAAGCAAAACAUCACGGUGGCAGGGGACGCCAUGCACCCCAUGACACCGGACUUGGCACAGGGUGGUUGCUUGGCGCUUGAAGAUGCUGUGGUGUUGGGCAGGCACAUUGGGGCAUGUGUCGCACGAAAUGGAGGUAUUGUCCCAAGAGAAAUAGUUAAAGCACUAUCUGAUUAUGCCGAGGUAAGAAGGUGGCGAGCAACUUGGGUUAUCGCUGGCUCUUUCUUAUCUGGGUGGAUUCAAGAUGGUGGGUCUACGUGGGGAUUGAAGUUCAUUAGGGACGCCAUUUUUUACAAAUUCAUUUUUAAAAAGCUUGUUAAUGUUGCACGUUAUGAUUGUGGAAAACUUGCCUAGUUUUUUCAUAUAUAGAAUUUAAUGUUUCAGUGAAUCUUACAUAUACUAAGACUAUAGAAUGAAAUUUAGAAAAUUAUUUCUUAA